CCGAAUCAAUGGUGGAUUCAUGAAUCAAUUCAUGAUUCAUUUCACUGAUGUUUUGACAUAGAACAAAGUGGUACCAAAGCGCCAUUGCUCCUUCCUAAAGUCAAUCCGUAGCCUGACUACUCGAACCCUCCAUGUGCCGAAGUUAAAAGGAAACAUCACAAAAGUUGAUCCUGUGUGCUUAAAGGGUCGUUGAUUUUCACAUUGACAAUGCAUGUGAUGACCUGUCUGUGUCUGUCUUCAAGUAAGCCAGGUUUAAGCGCGGAGUAAAAGCAUAAGUAACCAUCCCACCUUGACAUAGCUCCUGACGUCUACAUUAAAGGCAGGGUACGCAGGUUUUUGCAAACCUAGCAAUUUUAGCUCAAAUUUAGGAUUUCAACCUAAAUAUUCCACCCCCUUCCUUUAAAAGCCACUUGACCAAAACGCAUGAACGUGCUGCCUGAUAACUGCCUGAUGGUAGACAGACAGACAAGUAGCCCGUCUAAUCAUUGCAUUUGGUCCAAAUGCCGUCUAAUCAUUAGUGCCGGUCCGACCUUAAUGAUUGAUUGUGUUGAUUACAGUCCUGCGAUGCCCACAUAUAUCGGAUUGAUUUCAUUUUACUGUUGAACCUUUAGAUUUUUUUGGUUGCUAUCAGCAUGUGAAGUUUAUUUUAGCAAACAAGACAAAAAGUGUUUCUCAACAACAUUGUCUACCCUGCUUUUAACUAAACACUCAAUCAGUCAAAUCAGCAGCUGUUUUAUAAGGCGUGUACUAGCAUUGGAAUCAAACCGGUGAUCAAAUAGGAAAUGCAUACUGUCAAGUGUGCGUCGUGAUAUUAUGUUUCCUUGUCUGUGUUUUAACACUGAGAGGAACUGUCCUAGAUGUGCUGUAGUGUCACACCAUUCUAAUGUAGGUGAUGCUGGCCUGCUUUUUAUCAUGUUUGUUCUCAUUUGUAAGUACCUGUGCAUGCACACACACACACACACACACACACAUACUGUACACACGCACACGAGAACAGGUGACCAACCAGCCAAUGGCGCGACACUGCACUCUAGUGCAAGAUGGAGGUAGCACAUAGUGAGACAGUUCGAUCAACUGUACAUGUGCUUACACUGCAAGACCCUCAAGUCUCUCCUUUCUCCCCUGAAGCACUGCAGAGGGAUUUGCCCGUUCAGAUAACUUGGCCACGGGCUGGGAGACGUUUGUGCAGGCGCUAGGAUACUUCCUCAAGAUGUUCUUCGGUUCUGCUGCCCUCGGAACCCUCACAGGACUCAUCUCCGCCAUCUCUCUUAAGCACUUUGACCUAAGGAAGACUCCGUCUCUGGAGUUUGGAAUGAUGAUCAUCUUUGCCUACCUGCCCUAUGGACUCGCUGAGGGGAUCAAACUGUCUGGUAUCAUGUCCAUCCUCUUUUCAGGGAUUGUGAUGUCGCACUACACACAUCACAACCUGUCUCCCAUCACCCAGAUCCUGAUGCAGCAAACCCUCCGCUCUGUGGCCUUUAUGUGUGAGACAUGUGUGUUUGCCUUCUUGGGCCUCUCCAUUUUUAGUUUUCCUCACAAGUUUGAGCUGUCCUUUGUUGUCUGGUGCAUAGUCCUGGUGCUGCUGGGUCGGGCUGUGAACAUCUUCCCUCUCUCCUUCAUGCUCAACUUCUUCCGAGACCACAAGAUCACGCCCAAGAUGAUGUUUAUCAUGUGGUUCAGUGGCCUGCGAGGUGCCAUUCCCUAUGCCCUGAGCCUCCACUUGGGCCUGGAGCCCAUUGAAAAGCGGCAGUUGAUUGGCACCACCACCAUCGUCAUCGUCCUCUUCACGAUCCUCCUCAUGGGAGGCGGGACCAUGCCCCUUAUCCGCAUCAUGGACAUCGAGGAGAGCCAAUCGCGGCGCAAAAGCAAGAAAGACAUCAACCUCAGCAAGACGGAGAAAAUGGGCAACGCCAUCGAGUCGGAGCACCUGUCGGAGCUGACGGAGGAGGAGUACGAGGCGCACAUAUACCAGAGGCAGGACCUGAAGGGCUUCAUGUGGCUGGAUGCCAAGUACCUCAACCCCUUCUUCACCCGCCGCCUCACCCAGGAGGACCUCCUGCACGGUCGAAUCCAGAUGAAGACACUGACCAAUAAAUGGUACGAGGAAGUCCGACAGGGUCCGUCGGGAUCGGAGGACGACGAAGAUGAAGCCGAGCUCCUCUGAAGACGGUCGGACCAGCACAGCCACCGGCGGGCUCAGCGUGUGCAUCUGGGACCAGAGAAAAAGUUCCAGAAGAGGACCACUGUACUUUCUCCGUGUGUGGAAGAGUGACCAGACACCACAAGUGCCCACACUGAACUGUACCACUUCACUUGACCGUACACCACUACCAUGACCACCCCAGCCCACUACACAGAAACAGAGAGUUUCUGAGCCAACCAGGGGCCUUCACAGAAUAUGGAGUGGCUUGGGAACCAGUGAAUCUGGAAUAGAAGCUGCUCUUGUGCCAUGUAAUAACACUGCAACUAGCUACUUGUUUGGGAGAGGGGAACUGGUGAUCCCCUGUCCUGCGCUGUCACAAGAUAAUUUUAAUUUGAAGGGAGACCCCUGCUCCAUCAGGAGCGUUGUGCUUCAUGUGUGAUAGAACUGAUCUGGUGCUGGUUCACGACAUGCUUUAAUGGCGGCUUAGCGUUCUUUGCACCAUGUAGCUCCUUAGUUCGAAAACGUUUUGUUUUGAAGGAAAUAUUACUAAAAUAUUGGGAAAGAUAUUUCUCUAGUGAGGCAAUAUUAAAGCACUUUCAAUCGAAGUUUCACAUUUUUUUGUGUCUCUGCAAAUACUUUUUACUAUACUAUACUAUUUAGGAAUUAUCUCUGUAAAGUCUACAAAUGGAUUUGUUAGGGUCUUUGACACGUUAUAAUGUGAACCACAGGGAAUGCCACCAAUGAAUGUGGGGAUGAGGGGAAAAUGUCCUUUUUUUGUGUCUAUCUUAUUUUAUAUUUAUCAAUUACAUGAUUGAUAUGUUGCUGGGAUAACGGCUUUUAUACUGUCACAGUUGUUAAAUGAUGUUGGUGGAAGUUUACGUUUCAUUGGUAAAACAUUAAAUUGUUUAAGGGUACCAAAUUGGCCAUUACGUUCUUUGAUGUAGAGCUUAGGAUGAAAUCCGUGUUGUACCAUCGUUGAUGUUCACAUGCUGAAGA